AUGUCGGCUAGUUUUGGACUGGAAGUGACGAUGAGUCAAGAUACUGUGGAGGUUGCCAGGGGUGAUGAUGUCACCCUUACAUGUAAUUUUAAACCUAAAAAUCAAGUAAAUGACCAUAUAAUUAUAACAUGGAUUGGUGAGCCUGAUGAGACAUCUGAAAAGAAGGUCAUUUUUGGUAACUAUUACUCCUAUGGUAAAGUAGACAUUGGAUCAGUCUAUCAAGGCAAAGCCUUCAUAGUAACAGACCUUACUGCAAAAACAUAGCAAUUUACACUAAAACAAGUCAGUAUUCAAGAAAGCAGAAGAAUUAAAUGUUUUGUUCAGAUUUCUGGAGACAUUGAAGGCAAAACAACUGACACUACUUUUUUUUUGGUUACAGUUGCACCAUCACAACCCAGUUGUAAGGUAGUAGGCACAGCAGAAUACGGACACAAUAUUAGCAUAACCUGUGUCUCUGAGGAGGGCUCGCCUACACCAACAUACAAAUGGGAGAGAUAUGUCAAAAAUGCCCCUCGAGCAUUUCCUGUCAAAAACACAGAAAAGGAUGGAGUUCUGUCUCUGGUCAGCGUAUCCAUGGAGACAUCAGGUUACUAUAUUUGCCUGUCAACCAAUAAGGUCAGAUCAGCCAAAUGUAACAUGACAUUGUCUGUAAUGCUGUCUUCUAUGAAUCUUGCCACAAUAGGUAUUGUUGGUUGUACUGCUGGAGUUACAGUGCUCAUAAUAGGCCUAGUCAUCAUCUGCUGCUGCCGCAAACAGAAACAGAAACCAAGAUACUAUGAAAUGGAGUAG